AGCAAUGAGGACCAUGCUGCAGAAGAGGUGAGAGGUGGGGAUGCCCACCUGGUGCCCGAUAACCCCCUACAAGGGGCUAUUCGUUGUGGUACUGAUCUUCAUCUUGCUGGAAUACUUCUUCAACACAAUUUCGGACACUAAAUCGGGCCUCUCCUUCGACGCCGCCAAAUUGCCAAAUCAUGGGAGAGAACCGCAGACCUACGGACCCCUUCUGAAAACCCUGCUCUUCAAGAACAACAAGACCAACAUGUAUAACUUCACCACAGCUAUCAGUAACUCAUCUUCUCCCACCAAGAGCUCCAACUUCACCACGUACUUCAACUACAUCGUCACGGAACCGCCAUUCCUGACCCACAGCUUGAACAACUUGACCGGCGUCUUCGAUCUAUCUUCCACCACUGAAUUCGAGAACGUUUCUACCACGAGAACUUUAAACUCCACGCUCCUCCCUCUGUGUCCAGACGACGUUUCCUCAAACCUACGUGGCCGAAUCCCAGUGGUGAAAUCUGCCGUUCCCACCGUCCAGCAACUGGAACACUCCUUCACCUGGUUGAAGCCGGGCGGGCACUGGCAGCCGGAAUCCUGCAGGGUCCUGAAGAGCGUCGCGAUCGUGAUCCCCUUCAGGUGCAGGGGUGAACACCUACUCCUGUUCCUGCAACACAUGCAUCCCUACCUGAAGAGGCAACAGCUGGACUACACCAUCUUCGUGGUCGAGCAGGACGGAGACGGGCCCUUCAACAGGGCGAUGCUGAUGAACAUAGGCUUCAAGGAGGCGCUGAACCUACGGGACUUCGACUGUUUCAUAUUCCACGACAUCGACUUGUUGCCUGAGGACGACAGGAAUCUGUACACUUGCCCGGAACAACCGAGGCACAUGAGCGUGGCUAUUGAUAUUUUUAAGUAUAAGUUGCCGUACCCCGCGAUAUUCGGCGGCGUGUCGGCCAUCAGUAAAAAGCACUUCAAGCUCCUCAACGGGUUUUCGAAUUCGUUUUGGGGUUGGGGCGGCGAAGACGACGACAUGUCGAAUAGGAUAAGGUACCACCAUCUGUUCAUCUCCAGGUAUCCCCUCACCAUAGCCAGGUACACCAUGUUGACGCACAAGAAGGACAAGCCCAGUCCAAACAGAUAUGACGUGCUGAAGCAGGGCCAAAAACGUUUCGACAAGGACGGACUGAAU